GCGGAAGAUGGCAGAUGGCUCUAGCUCGUAGGGUGUGAGUGUCGUUUGUUUACCGUUCGACGCGUCGCUCCGGUGUGUGUUUCGUUCCAGUCAGUUUCCGUCGAGUCACCGGAGCGUGUUCAUGUUGUGCGGGCUGCUGUUCUACACCGCUCAUCUGUGUCAGUAUGACGGGGGAGAAGAUCCGCUCGGUGCGCAAAGAGCGCAAGUCGGGUUUGGAUCUGCUGGAGCCGGACGAGGAGCCGGCGGCCACCGGGCCCAUCAAAGCCAACAAAACCAACAAGAUCUUCAGUAGCAGCAACAAUCAUAAGAUCAUCCGAUCCAAUUCACAGCAGAACCACAGCGAAUCUGAGAGCGCGUAUCCCGUGCACGAGUGUGUGUUCAGAGGCGACGUGCGGAAGCUGUCAUCGCUCAUCCGAACCCAGAAUAUCGCGCAAAAGGAUGUGCACGGUAACACACCUCUGCAUCUGGCUGUUAUGAUGGGUCAUAAAGAAUGUGCUCAUCUUCUGCUGGCCCAUAAUGCACCAGUAAAGGUGAAGAACGCUCAGGGCUGGAGUCCACUCGCUGAAGCCAUCAGUUAUGGAGAUCGUCAGAUGAUCACGGCUCUCCUGCGUAAACUGAAACAACAGUCACGAGAAAGUGUGGAGGAUAAGAGACCUCGUCUGCUGAAAGCUCUGAAAGAGCUUGGAGAUUUUUAUUUAGAGCUUCACUGGGAUUUUCAGAGCUGGGUGCCUUUACUUUCACGGAUUUUACCCUCGGAUGCCUGCAAGAUCUACAAACAGGGUAUUAACAUCCGUUUGGACACGACACUAAUUGAUUUCACCGAUAUGAAGUGUCAGCGAGGAGAUCUGAGCUUCAUCUUCAACGGUGAUGCACUUCCAUCUGAGUCUUUUGUAGUUUUAGACAACGAGCAGAAGGUUUAUCAGCGGAUCCAUCAUGAAGAAUCAGAGAUGGAGACAGAAGAAGAGGUGGACAUCCUCAUGAGCAGUGAUAUCUACUCGGCUACUCUUUCCACCAAAUCCAUCACCUUCUCACGGGCGCAGACGGGCUGGCUCUUCAGAGAAGAUAAAACUGAACGCGUGGGGAAUUUUCUAGCAGAUUUCUACAUGGUCAACGGUCUUGUUCUGGAGUCCAGAAAGAGACGUGAACAUCUGACGGAGGAGGACAUUCUGAGGAACAAGGCCAUCAUGGAGAGCUUCAGUAAAGGAGGAAAUCUCAUCGAGCAGAACUUCGAGCCGGUGAGGCGUCAGUCACUGACCGCUCCCUCUCCUAACACUAUAUCCUGGGAGGAGUACAUCAGCACAGAGACAGGAAAAGCUCCUCAUCUCGGCCGAGAGCUCGUGUGUAAAGAGAGUAAGAAGAACUUCAAAGCUACUGUAGCCAUGAGUCAGGACUUCCCACUGGGCAUUGAGUCGUUAUUAAAUGUUUUGGAGGUGAUUGCGCCGUUCAAGCACUUUAAUAAACUCAGAGAAUUUGUUCAAAUGAAACUCCCACCUGGAUUUCCUGUUAAAUUAGACAUCCCUGUGUUUCCCACCAUCACUGCCACAGUGACCUUUCAAGAGUUUCGUUACGAUGAGUUUGACGAGUCCAUCUUUACGAUUCCCAAUGACUACAAAGAGGAUCCCAGUAGGUUUCCUGAUCUCUGAGCUGCUCUGAAUCCCGCUCCGUUCCCCGACCUCACAUUCAUUUUUUCCCAGAGGUCUGAAUUCAACACGGAAGAGACUGAUGAUGUUUGCUGAUAAACUAGUUUGGUUUAGAUAAUACUUCAUAUCAUCUGGAUAUAAAGGGAUUGUGCUGAACUGACGGACGCUGCUGUCUGAAAACACCUGACUGUGUGAACGGCGCACUACAUUAUUAAACACUGUGCUGAGAGACAUCCAGGAGCUCUCGCUCGGUACAGUCAUGUUACUUUAAACACAGCGACGUGGACACCUGAGCUGUCACUAAACAUCUGGUCUACUCUGUAGCUGACAGUAAACGUGGCAUUAUAAGUUAUUACAUAAGCCUCCUUUUCAGAUAUAUCUUUGUAAACUUGUAUACUUCACUUAAUGAAAAGCUGUAUAUUUAAGAGUGAAGCAGAAGACUUGUGUAUAUGAUCUGAACUGUAUGAAAACAUCACAACCUGUGUGUCAUUCAUUUCUUAACACUUUUUUGUGCAAAUUGUAAAUAGCACUUUUCUUCCCAAUUCUGCUUGUUCUUCAUGUUUUUGUUGCAUUAUGGGAAAUGUGUUUUCACACGGGCUCACACUUCACAGGAUUCAGUUGUUUUCUUACUCCGAUCUUUCUCACUUCCUAACUAAUAUUGUUGUUGUUGUUAACAGGGAGAAUCUACAGGUCCAGAAUUGAACAGAACUGUCAGAAAUAAUUGCUUUGACUUUAUUUUCACCUUGACAGACGGAUGUAAAUACAUUUAAAUUUAAAGGCGUUUUCAAAUGUAGUGUAUAACCGAGAAGUAUGUUUAUAGAGAUAAUCGUGUAUAAAUGUUUCCGAGAGUUCAGUGAUGGUCUGACUGUUUUCUCGCUCUUUGCUGUGUGCUAAAGGAAAGAAGUUCAUGUCAAGUUUGCACCGGCGGUCUCUCAAUGGGGAAUUUCCAGUUUUAUGUUCCUUUUCUUUUCCAGAAUAAAAACAAGCCGAAACAUUUCCAUGUGCCACCAUUGGCUAAUGUGAAAGACGUCUUUAGUUUACUACCGACUUAUUUUAAUGUGUUUAAUGUCUCUUUUUACUUUUGUUUUAUGCCGAAUACUCUUCAGAAAAGCAUUGAAGUUUGUUGUGUCAACCUGGAAAAAUUUUACAUGACAAAUUGUAAUUAAUAAAAAUAUCCACAUAUCAAACCACA